GUUUUUUAUUCGUCUUUCGGACGCUACAAAACCCUAGCCUGCUUCACUUCCUGUACUGCUUCUCAACCCUUCAAGGCGCAGCACUUGAGCUCCGGAAGAACGCCGGUACGAUCUUGAAUAAGGGCGGCACGUUUUUCUGGGAAGCCAUGGCGCUGAUCCUUCAUGCAGGAAAAACAAAUAAAAAUGCUUACAAGACACUCAUUGCUGCUGAGUACAGUGGUGUUGAUGUUAAAUUGGCCCCAAAAUUUGAGAUGGGUGUUUCUAAUAAAACUCCUGAAUUUCUCAGGAUGAACCCUAUUGGCAAGGUUCCUGUGUUGGAGACACCAGAUGGUCCAGUUUUUGAGAGUAAUGCCAUUGCUCGCUAUGUUGCUCGAUUGAAGGGUGACAAUGCAUUGUAUGGAUCUUCUCUAAUGGACUAUGCUCACAUUGAACAGUGGAUUGAUUUUUCAUCAUUAGAGAUUGAUGCUAAUAUUAUCACCUGGUACAGGCCAAGAAUGGGGCGAGCCACUUACCUUCCUCCUGUUGAGGAAGCUGCAAUUUCUGCACUUAAGAGGGCAUUGGGCGCAUUGAACACUCACCUUGCUUCUAACACGUAUCUGGUUGGGCAUUCUGUGACCCUAGCAGAUAUUAUUGUGACAUGCAAUUUGUUUCUGGGUUUCACUCAGCUCAUGACUAAGAGCUUCACCUCAGAGUUCCCUCAUGUUGAGAGAUACUUCUGGACCUUGGUCAAUCAACCCAAAUUCCAUAAGAUCUUGGGGGAGGUUAAGCAGGCUGAAAUUGUUCCACCUAUACAAUCUGCACAGAAGCCCAAAGAAUCUGCUAAAACUAAGAAAGAGGCCCAGCCAAAGAAAGAGGCCCCACCUAAGAAAGAGGCUAAGAAAGAGCCUGAAAAGCCCAAAGAGGAUGAAGAGGAGGAGGCACCCAAGCCCAAAGCCAAGAAUCCUCUUGAUCUUCUUCCUCCAAGUAAGAUGAUAUUGGAUGAGUGGAAAAGACUCUACUCAAACACCAAGACUAACUUCCGUGAGGUUGCAAUCAAAGGAUUCUGGGACAUGUAUGACCCUGAGGGAUACUCUCUCUGGUUCUGUGAUUACAAAUACAAUGAAGAAAAUACUGUUUCCUUUGUGACUAUGAACAAAGUUGGUGGAUUUCUUCAGAGGAUGGAUCUAGCUCGCAAAUAUGCGUUUGGAAAAAUGCUUGUAAUUGGAUCUGAACCACCAUUUAAGGUCAAGGGGUUGUGGCUAUUCCGUGGGCAAGAAAUACCACAAUUUGUGCUUGAUGAAUGCUAUGACAUGGAACUCUAUGAAUGGAAAAAGGUUGAUAUCUCAGAUGAAGCUCAAAAGGAGCGUGUCAAUCAGAUGAUUGAAGAUUAUGAACCUUUUGAGGGUGAGCCUCUCUUGGAUGCCAAGUGCUUCAAGUGAAAAAUCAAUCCCUAGGUGGAAGGGCAUUUAUAUGUGACGCGCAUCCUUUUUUUGAGUAGAAUUUGAUUUCUUUCUUGUUUAAUUGAUGGGUAAGUCUUAGCUGUAUGUGAUUUGAGAGACCUUAAAACCUGAGGGUUGUUGCUUUUGCCAUAAUUUUGAUCGUAGCUAGCAAGACUAUUUUGUAAGUGAUGUUGAUCUCGUUUUGAGUAUAAAUUUUUAAUGAAGCUGUUCUGGGAUUAUAAGUUGGAUAAAA